CAUUUACCUACGCCACACACAAUCUCGUACUGUACAUAACAAGUUCAAAGCGCUCGCCCCAGUGCGUUCCAUUGCGCAUUCACUACCCUAGUUUUCCAAUCUCGACGUUCACCAUGAUGUCCUCGUCCAUGUCCAUCCGCCGCCUCCCCACCCAAUGCCGCCUUCUCCGCCCAUCCCACCGCCUCCUCCACACAACCCGUCUCCCGCAUCAAGCAAUAACCUCCGAAGCCGCAGCAACAGGCUUCACAGGCGAAUCGUCUUCAUUCAGCAACGGCCGAGUCAAACGCGAAUUAACAGAGACGGAAAAGGACAUGAUCGCCGCCAUGCUCCGCGUCGACCAUGCGGGCGAGCUGGGGGCGAACUGGAUCUAUAAGGGGCAGCUGGCUGUGCUGGGUGGGGACCCGAAGGUUGGGCCUGUCGUGCAGCAUAUGUGGGACCAAGAGAAAUUCCACCUGAAAGUCUUCGACUCCCUGAUCGGACAGAACAGGGUGCGUCCGACCGCCUUGCGUCCGUUCUGGGAAGUCGCUGGGUAUGUGUUGGGUGCCGGCACGGCGUUGAUGGGUAAAGAGGCUGCGAUGGCGUGUACGGAGGCGGUGGAGACUGUUAUUGGGCAGCAUUAUAAUGACCAGUUGAGGGAACUCUUGAAGAUCGAUCAUCCCGAGGUGGAGAAACUGCGAGGGGUUAUCAAGCGGUUUAGGGAUGAGGAGCUGGAGCAUUUGGAUACGGCCGUUAUUCAUGACGCGAAGGAGGCACCGGCGUAUCCGGGGUUGACGGCUGCGAUAUCACAGGGUUGCAAAGCCGCGAUAUGGGUAGCGACACGAUUUUGAACGGUUUUCGGAUUCCACCCGAUUACCAUCACCUUCGCCUCUGCGAGGCGAUCUAUGCGGCAGUUGAUGGUAACGGACCGAAACACGCAUCCCGCGUCGCCUGCAGGUGACCAGAAAGGAGCUGUUGAAGCGCAUGGGAGCGUCAUAGCAAAGGCGCGCGAUUGUCCAUGCUUCUAUUGAAGCAACCGGGUCCG